GCCCUGGUGACAUCACUGGGGACAGCAGUGCUGAUAACAGUGACAGUCACGCAGCGAGCAGCAAUAGAAGAGAUGCGCGAAAACGAGGUUGUGUGACGUCACCGGCUCAGUGUCAGCGCUGGAACCCGGGCCCCGACACCUCUCCGCCCCCGCUCCGGCUUACAGCAAGCUUUUUCCAGCAAUCCAAGAUGGCUUCUUCAUCCUCGUCUAACCUAGAAGAUGAAAGUCUAAAAGGCUGCGAAAUCUACGUGCAGAAGUUUAACAUCCAGCAAAUCUUGAAGGAAUGUAUCGUGAACCUGUGCAUUGCGAAGCCCGAUCGCCCCAUGAAGUUCCUGAAGGAACAUUUCGAGAAACUGGAGAAGGAAGAAUGCAAACAGAUAUUGGCUCAGCAGAAGUCAAACUCCCAGUCCGACUCUCACGAUGAUGAAAUCUCUCCACCGCCACCGAACCCUGUGGUUAAAGCCCGGCGCAGAAGAGGGGGGGUCAGCGCCGAGGUGUACACUGAAGAGGAUGCCGUGUCCUAUGUCAGAAAGGUUAUUCCGAAGGACUACAAGACCAUGACUGCCCUGGCAAAAGCCAUCUCCAAAAAUGUGCUGUUUGCCCACCUGGACGACAACGAGAGAAGUGAUAUAUUUGAUGCCAUGUUCCCCGUCAAUCACAUUGCUGGAGAGACUGUGAUACUACAAGGUGAUGAAGGCGACAACUUCUAUGUCAUCGAUCAAGGAGAAGCUGAUGUCUACGUGAAUGGAGAGUGGGUCACCAGCAUUGGAGAAGGAGGAAGCUUCGGAGAACUUGCAUUAAUUUAUGGAACCCCAAGAGCUGCAACUGUCAAGGCCAAAACAGAUCUCAAGUUAUGGGGCAUCGAUCGAGACAGCUAUAGACGUAUUCUUAUGGGCAGCACACUGAGGAAGAGGAAGAUGUAUGAAGAGUUCCUGAGCAAAGUCUCCAUUUUGGAAUCCCUGGAUAAAUGGGAGCGUCUGACUGUGGCCGAUGCACUAGAACCUGUUCAAUUUGAAGAUGGAGAAAAAAUAGUGGUUCAGGGAGACCCCGGAGAUGACUUCUUCAUCAUUACUGAGGGCACAGCAUCUGUUCUGCAGCGUAGAUCAGACAAUGAAGAGUAUGUGGAAGUGGGCCGACUGGGACCCUCAGACUACUUUGGUGAGAUAGCGUUGCUUCUGAAUCGUCCCAGAGCCGCAACCGUCGUCGCACGGGGUCCACUUAAAUGUGUCAAGCUGGACCGCCCGCGCUUUGAACGAGUUCUUGGACCAUGCUCAGAAAUCCUAAAGAGAAACAUUCAAAGAUACAACAGCUUCAUCAGCCUCACUGUUUAAUAUGCUCCGCUAAGGCCGGUUUCACAUGACCGUAAUAUGACCACAUUUUAGCGUCUAUAUAUUACGAAUAGAAGACCCGGAACCCCACCAAUGGUUUUGAUGAACCACCAGAGGGCUCUAUGGUGAACUAAGUUAGAGCCGCAGGUAUCCGGGGGGCGUCUUGUGGGCCACGCGGUCAAAAUAUGGACGUUAAAAUGUGCCUGUAUCGUCACCAUUUGAAACCAACCUAAGACACAUGCCACCUGUGUGUUACCACGUGCACUCAAGUCCGACCUGUCCAGUUCCAUAGCUUUAUAAAACAAAGGAAAUUGUGCAUUUCAACGUAAUUUUUAUUUUAUUUUAUGGUCAUGUCACUGAUUUGAGUAAUGACACAUAUGUACAGCACUUCAUUUGGGUUGUUGUGUUACCACAAAUUUUAUGGGUACCGGUCUGAGCAAGAAGAUAACUGAAUUACCUAAACUUCAACUGCAGGUUGAGAGAUACUUUUCAUAUGAACUGAUGAUGGGAUUCCCGUAGCUGGGGGUCCCAAGCAGGAAAUCUUACCUUAACCUCUAAGGUCAGGGACAAACUUUUCACUAAUAUCUACGUUCCAAGUCUAGAAUGUUACAUAGGGAUAUGGUUUUCAAACUGGCCGUAGAUAUAGGAUAAACGGCAGCGGAAAGAACUUGUGUCUAUUCCUCCGAUUCCACCUUUGUAAUAAAUAUUAAAGAGCCUAGGAGCCAACUUAACCCCUCCGAGUAACGUGUGUCCAAAUAUAAAAAACAGUAUACACCCCCCCUGACCAAAGUCCCUCCAUUUCAAUUGUUUCAGCAUGUUCUUGUGCUCUGCCGUUGUAGCACAUGUGACUGCUGAGGUCAUUAAUUGGCUGCAGCAGUCGCAGGAUCAUUCCACUUAUGAUCCAGUGGGGACCUGAAGUGGCCAGGAAUGAUGCUGCAGUGCUGGAACAGUUGGACUUUGGACAGGUGAGUGUAUUUUUUAUUUGGCCACUCGUUACUGGUUUAGUCGGCUACUACGCUGGACACUCUUUAAGGGCUCAUGCACACAAAGUUUUUUUUUGUCCGCAUCUGAUCCACAUUUUUUGUGGGUCAGAUGCAGACCCAUUCACAUCAGUGUGGACACCGUGUGCUGUCCACACCCAUAUGUCCAUACCGCCACCCAGCUAAAAAAAUAGAACAUGUCCUAUUUUGUCUGUUUUACGGACAAGGAUAGGACAGUUCUAUAGAGGGCGGGACGUUCCGUUCUGCAAAGUGCGGAGCACAUGCAGCCGGGUCCGCACGUUGAAAACCGCAAAAACGGCAACAGUCGUGUUCAUGAUCCUUAAAGCUGUUUUCCAAGACAUACCAAUUGAUGACCUAUCCCAAAGAUGUAUAAAUAGGAGUUUGAGGGGGUGUCGAUCAGCUGUUGUCACUAGCUGCGGUGCUGGAACCAGCCUCAGUCGCUACACAAUGGACAGAGCUGUGUAACUGUGGUGCUGCAGCUUUCGAAAACAGCUGAUUGGCAGGGUUGUCGGGAGUUGGAUCCCUCCGAUCUGAUAUUGAUGACCUAUCCUUAGGAUUUCCCUGUUUAUAUGUACUAUUAGUACAUAGAGGAGGGAACCAAAGCAGCUCUCACGCUGAAAACCUUGGGGUAUCCAUCUGAAUGAUCACCUCUUGGGUAAAUAUAUGGCUUGCCAAUUCCUUUCCCAGGCAAAUCAACUGUUAGCCAGGAGUCUUAGGAUCGGGACCCCCAAAUAAAAUGGGUUGUCCUUGAUGACCGCUUAUUUAACAUGCCGGACUUGAGGAGAGAGAGCGUUUUCUCGAUUUAUGCAUAGGAUAUCCAACCUGUUAAUUAUAACAGAUACAGCUCCCAUAGAUGUAGAUCGUCAACCACUGUCACAGGCUAGUCCCAAUGACUUACUUAAAAGGGUUUUCCAGGAUUAGAAAAACAUGGCUGCCUUCUUCCAGAAACCGUGCCGCUCCAGUCCAUGGGUUGUGCCUGGUAUUGAAGCUCAGUUGAAAAGCCUGAAGAAAGGUUUUCCACAGUUUUUGAAAGAUAGAAGCCAUGUUUUUCUAGUCCUGGAGACCCCCUUUAAGUGUGUAUUUUUUUUUUAUGUAGACUCCACAUUCUAUUUCUUCCUCUCCACAGAUUGCCAUUAGUACUUAUCAGGGAACAGAUGAGCAUUACGGGACCACAUUUUGUUGAAUGUAUACGCCUCCUUUGAGAUAUAAUGUGGUUUGCUUUUGAACUCCUUUAACUGGUUUUCAAUCCAAAAAUGCUUCUGUCAAUCAAUCCAUGCUGCGGCAAUUCGCCCAUCGAGACAUUAAUAAAGUGUAGAUCCAUUUUCAGUUCUAGAAUAAAUAUAGUAUGGAUAAAACCCACAAAAGUAAAACCUAUGGGUGACUAUGGACUGUACCCAUCGUGAGGGUAUAUUACUAUGAUUGAUGUCCAUAUUAUGGCUCUGUACAAGCUUCGAAAUGGCACCCAUCUAUGGGACCCUACCUAAAUUUCAUACGGACACGUAAAAAAUUAUGGCAUUUUCCAUCCAAUGCCGUAUUCCAUACAUAUUCUCCCUUACAACCAUUGCUUCUAGGGGAGAGUAUUUCCAUAAUAUGACGCCAUGUAAAAGCAGCACGUGGCAGGACAUGGAGUGUCUAUGGCUCCGUAGUGUGGAGUCUUGGGGACUUUGUGCGUCCCGCCAUGUAGGUUCCACGCUUGGCCAAAUGCCAUGAGCCUUUAGGCAGUACAUUCAGAUAUAUACUACUUGGUGGGGCUUUUUGGGUUCACGGGAAAUGUAGCCAUGUCUUGUCUUGCAUAUACCUCUAAGCUCAUAGAUCUAGGUUUUUGUAUAAUAAUUCUGGACACUUUUUUAAAUAAGUCAUUGUGAAAAUGAAAAUCUGAUAAAAAAAUUAUUCAUGAAAAAAAUCCUUUAAAAGGGUUGUCUGAUGUCGCCUUUUCCACAGCAAGAUGGGACUAGGCGCCGUCGUUAGGUGGACAGAGACUGCCAAGCGGGCCGGUACUCCGCUGUUUACAUAGCUCCCAUUGCGGUAAAUGGGAGCUACACAAAUAGCAGUAUACUGUCUCCUCAACUCGGGAAUUAUGGAAGCAGUCUAGUCCCAUGGACACAACCCCUUUAAUGAUUUCCAAAAAUAAUCAUGGUUUCCUCAUGGUAGAACAAGGUGAUGGAAGAUCACAAUGGGCAGCAUAUCUUUAAUUUUACUGUACUGUAUCGGCUGCUUUUGAACCCUGUUUUGUCAUUAAAAUUUUAGGUGUGGUCUCUUGUACAAUUCAAAAGUGUCUGAAGUAGAUACCCCCCUCACGGACCUCUCAAGUUGUGCUUUUGUAUGAGUUUUAUAAUGUCUACUAUCAGCCUUGACAGCGUUUUUGUACAUUGGCUUGGCUCAACCAGACGUCCUGGGAAGAAUUUUGCUGCGAGCAUGCAAGGCACAAUGCCGACCAGCAUCAUAUACAUUCCUUAUGUAUAUACAUAUAUGUCCCAUCCACAUCUUUUCAUGGAUAAUCAUACUUUUAGGGUUCUUGUCCAGUUAAGUUGCUUUCUGAUCAAGCAGAUGGUUUGCUUGGAAUCAAGAGAUGACACCACCAACCAGGAAACCCCGUAAGGUACUUCUCAGUGACUGUGGUGAAACAACUACAGAAUUGAGUGGAUGCCUUAAAAAGGCAUCUGUCAGCAGUUUUGUACCUAUGAAACUGGCUGAACUGUUACAUGUACACUGCUGAAGGCAUCU